AUGCUGAAGUACAUGCACCUCGAGUUGCAUCCGCUGGUGGCUGCCUUCAUGAGGAAUUCCACAACCUCAACAGGCUCAACUCUUGCGAAGUUGAGGAAGAUGACAGGUCAUCCCUUCAGUUUCUGUCGAGAGGCCCUUUCCGCUUGUGACGGAGACUAUGACCGCGCCAUACAGUGGCUACAAAAAGAGGCAAGUAAACGAGGUCUGGCAAAGGCUGAGAAGCUCCGCAGUCGGCCAAUGUCACAGGGCCUUCUGGGUCUGCUCUGUUCGAACAAGUGCGUUGCGGCAGUUGAAGUUAACUGUGAAACGGAUUUUGUUGCCCGCAACCAAGAAUUCCAGUCGCUCGUGGCGUCUGUGACGGAAUCUCUUCACAAGUGUCUUUUGGUACGUGCCUCAUCUUUCUGCACGGAAAUAUGGACACCCCCAAGACGCCAGUUCACAUCCCCAUGUCCUAACUAUAACCGUUGCCUUAAUCUGAGCCAUGACUCUAACCCCCCUUCCCUUUCCUGAAAGUUGAUCCAAGGCCAACUGUAGUGCGGGGUCUCAUAUUCAUGCGUUCUACCGGAAUCCGCGUCUGAAGACAGAAAGAUUGACGAAGAACUGCGAGGGCCAGCCCGGGUUCACUUUGGCGUUACGCUGGAAAAUGUUUCCGUUGAUAUAUAGGCAGAAUGUUAUUACCGACAAAGACACGCUAGGUCUUUCCGAUGUGACUGGGGUACUUCAGUCCUGCUUCCCUUCUUCAAAGAGGAGAAUACUGUUACAAUCGAGGCUGUGGCUUAACUGAAAUAACCGAGUUGGUUUCACUUGUCUCAUCAUGCACUGACAAAUCACCAAGAUGCCUUCUGACUUACCUUGACCUCAUAUCCAUUCUUUGAAGAACUCGCAAGCGAAAAACUUCUGCGUAACACAACUGUGUGUUUUCCUGAUUCUUCCGCAGUAUUUGACUUCGUCAUGGAAGUCUUCUUUGGAAUGUCCUGCUCACGCUCUCUAAACUCUCGACCCUGUUCAACACAUUACGAGAAUUACGUGGAUACGCCUGUCGUACAGUGGCGGUUCAGUUCUCCGUCAUUGUGAUUAUAAGACUAAGUUUCCAAAGAGCCUUCGUCUCAGACCUCUUACUCUCUAGGCAACAUUGUCCUGUCUGGGACUUCCUUGGAGGAAAUAUCGUCCACACCCUGAUUGCAUGGUUUCCGAAUUCCGCAAAUUUGUUUUGAAACUGAAGCUUGCAGAGACGAAUAUGUUGUUGAACGACUUCGUCCUGCUUGAAGUACUAGCCUUUCCGAUGGCGACGGUCUGGGGGGGGGACAUCCGUUUGCUUCGUCCACUCCGCAUCUCUGCUACCGUCAAGACGGUGUUUGCAAGAAACAAAAACCGCACACAACCGGGGUGCUGUCUGUUCUGGCAGCGCUUGCAGUUUCUGUGGCAUUCGACUGAAGGGGGAUGUUGUGGUGUAAGACCUUGAUGUAAGGUAUCUCGACCUAUGAUUGUGGACGCUGUCCUCUGUGUUCUGCAAUCCUUCAACAACUCGAUGCCUGAAUAUUUUUCUCUUCAGAGCAUUUUGCUGCUUCGCGUCUGAAGGUUUGUCUUUUGAACAAAAACUUCGUCCGUCGGUUUAUGACAGCUCCUUUCAUUAACACCGAAAGGCAACCGUCUCAGAUGUUUUGCCUUCGCGUUCCAUCAGCCCUGGAAACGACUUUUCCCGAUUGAUGCCACUGUCUUGGUGGACAUUCGGAAAGAAUGAUAAGUAUGGGUCUGAAGGUAUUCGCUGCUAGGGAUUGGAGCGCUAACUUCACAACGCUCGGUGAGAACCUACUCGAAGGUCCCGGCAAAUUGAUUGCCCUGGUUAGCGCUGUUAGAAAUCGUCAUUGCAGUAUUUGUGAUAAUAUUUGCUAGCUGAUUUCGUCCUAAAAUAUUUUUGUGUUUUGUUACCCUCUUUUUGAAGACUGCAUGGGGUCGUCUGAUGGGCCAACUUUCACACCUAAGAAACUGUAGUUGUAUAGCACGUCGGACUAUGUCGAUUUUGUGCAAUCCUGUCUGUUUCUGAACUCAUGCGAGUAUACGGCUCCUCAUCUGUCUACUAGCUUACUUGCAAAGCGCCCACGGAGUGCACACUGUUUUCGGCAGCCUCUUUUGACUAAUCUUUCUUCUUUGCUUCUCAGCAGAAGAGUGGCAGUGACGGCCUACAACACUUUCGGACUGAAUCCCUGCUUGGCUUGCCCGUUACGACAGCUCGUGGUACACAGUCUCUCUCUAGCGUCCUGGCUGAUUGCAUCCACUCGGUGGGAGAGAACAUGGCCGUUUCGCGAGCUGUCGGUAUGAAGCUGUUGCCAGACGAGAAAACAAGCAAGAUCAUGGCUUACUGUCACAUGAGCACUGCUGGCGCAACAAAACGCAGCCUCCGUAACGUACAGUUCGGGAAGUACGUCGCUUUCAUCCGAUACCGACUGAAGGCAGCUGACGAGGUUAGUCGGUAUAUUUCCUUGAGCGCCUCGCACAAUCAGUUAACAGCCCAGGUUGCUGUCCAAUAAUUUUUGCAUAAUCUUACCUGAAAGGGGAAUACUGGAGGCUUCUGCUCGUCUGAACGCUUUGUCAGUUCCCCAGUUAGCAAGUACAACUGACCUAUAAGACCUGUCACCGACGUGCGACAGGCCUGACUAUUCGAAACAUCAGCCAGUUUGUAAGGUUGUUUUAGUGAUCGCUUCCUCUUGGAUUAAUGUCCUGAGUGCUUACCUUCGCACACCUAAGCAGUCGUUUCUAACUGCAUAUCAAAUCUUUCCCAAACCUUAUGUUUGCAGCGCGGGAGCUGGAAACCCAGAACGAGUGAGUUAAUGUUAGGUUAACUGCAGGCAUUCAGUCCACUUGCGUUUAAAUGAGAUAAACUGAUGGUGAGGUUAAUUAGGUACUCUAGAGGGCUCCCAUUCGUAUGACAAUUAGAUACGCAUGCCGCCGAAAAGAUGCCCCUCCCCCAAAAAAGAAGUCGACUGGCCCACUACCUGCAAUUUAGAGACCUGAAGGACACGAAGAAGCGUGAAACGUAAUAUAUCUGGUUUCCUUGAUAGGUAAUCAAACGACUGAUUGUCUAAGCAUCAAGUUGCCAACAGUAGCUGUCUUGGCAUAGAGCUUCCACCUAUCGCGUGCUGCACGCGCGCACGAGCCAAGCUAAUAGUUCACUCGUCACUACGGACGUUAGCAAACGUAACUGUAGAGUUGGUGUGUGAACGCUUGGCGACCCUAACGCAUGUGUACUUACCCAGAAAGAUCCAUGCAAUGAUUAAAUAUUUGGUGAUUGUUUGGGCUCAGAUAAUGGUCGAUAUUGUAGUGAUUGCUGUCGCGCAUGCGUUCACAUGGGGUCACAUCGGAUUCUGGCCGUGGUUAUUGGGAAUACAUACUUAUAACAAAUGCCAACAUUCAGGAUGUGGUGGCAGGGCAAGUUUCCGGCCCACGUCGCACCACUUUUGGUCCCUCCGCCUCCCCCAUUGUUUUCGUUGGUUAAAAUCCUGGUCAAGUUUUUGUUACGGACCGGAGGGUUUGGUCGUACACCUAGGUGCGGGUUUACGCUGUACCAGCCGACUGCGCUCCCUCUCAUCUGCUUUCCUGACUUAGUUAUGACACCGGGCCCAGGUGGGGGAGGAGAUAGUGAGGUAGAUGCGUCGAAAGCCCGCUAUCGUUUUAAACUAAUUUCCGCGCAAGUCACCGUCCCCGCUCUCACUCUGAUAUGGAGCACACGGUAGGCGUCGUCGGUCACGACGGAAGAGCUGCCGUACGCUCUCAUGGUCAGAUAGGCCUUAGCAGCGACAGGGAUGUACAGGGGUAGUCUGUGCAGGGAAUCCGCUUCUGACUAGUACUGGCCAGGCUUCUAGGCUGUAGUUUUUCGAUCCUCGACGCAGUCAUAGGUGUCCAACCAGUCUCGUGCGUAAUUGGGGUAUACAACCGCGGUAGGGACGAGCUGUUGCUGAGGCUACACCGCUGACUGUUGUCUUUUGCGUUUUGACAGUGCCCCCACCGAUCGAAGCAAUAUUCACUUUGAAGCAAGCCGAGUCUCCUGCGACCAAACCGAUCACCCUCCGGCCAGUUUGUCAUGGCAGUAUUCAAAUGAAAAUAGAUAUUCCAGGUCCUUAGGGCUAGUGAGGUUACUCUAGCAGGGCGGAUAGGAAAUUGGGCCGGGGGUUGUUGUUUGUAUAGUGUUUUGCCUGUGUGAUUAACGGACACACUCAGCGUUCACUUUGCAGACGAUACAUUUUCUAGCCCAUCCUCCGUCAAGGGCUUAGCAACACUUCCCUGAAAAGGACUACUUAAGCAUCCCAGACGGUUACCCAGCUCCACUAUGGGUCGUAACAUUGGUUUGUCAGGAAAAAUGGCUGGAAUUAUUCGUGGCUGGCUAUGCGAUUGCAUGUUGACGGUAAGAGUCGGAGGCUGCGGCUGAUUAGAUAGGUGUGUGUGCGGGUGCCAUGAGACGGCCACUUCAACCGUAUUGACUGAACCCGGCUUCAUGCACAGCGUCGUUGUAUACGCAAAACUCAACCAGUCACUAUCAUCUAAUUCAGUCUGCCGGUCGAAGCGUUUACUGGUCUGUGGUUAUUGCAACGGGCACAGAUUGGUGGAGCCGCGAUUGAAAACCGUGCCACUUAUGAAUUGAACGGAGCAACUGCGACGCAUAUUAGAAUCUGUGGAGUGACCUUUUACUCCUAGAAGUUAUAUCACUGCUGCGACUACCUGUAGUCACGUAAUCAUAUGCAGGUUGACUUAUCUCGGCAGUUUGUUGACUCACAUCCAUUGUCCACGAUUUUAGGACUCAAUACAAACGCUUCCCUACAGUUGAUCUCUUCUACACUACGUCCUGGUAUGGAUACAUGAAAAAUUGCAACGCGAAUAUCUAGCAUGCAUAGCCAACAAAGGAUGUCGUAAAAUGGAACCAGCUGACUACUACUAUUGGCUUGUUCUAUAAACUCACCUAUGCGUACGCUGUUUGACGCGUCCGUAGAUUGUAUUUCGUUACUUUUACACCCUGUCUUGCUGAAAUGACAACACCAGAACCUUUAGGGUCAUUAAGCUAAUGAAACGCAUUUCUGUGUCUCAUUUGAUUUUGUUAUUUCGUCGACCCUUGCUGAGGUAUUGAUGCAUUUCCUCCUUUAGAUGUCAUGAGAGUGAGAUUCUGUGCCGUACCUUUCUCUAACAUAGCUCACCUCUUCCUAGAGUUCAGCGUCCUUAGGGCGGCAAGACAGGGCCUCGCAAGUGGGUCUCCAACUAUGCCAGCACAUAGUGGGUAUGAAUCCGCGGCCAGGACUUAGUCUGUCUCCCCCAGCGGAAAACCCGGAUGACGAACGGUGUCUUCUUCUGCAGAAGUUUCUCCUUGACGAGUCCAUUGACAUUCGCACUCUGUUGGAAUUAAAUAACAUCCAUUUGGAAGAGUUUCUUCGUAUGGAAUGUGGCCAAGACGAUGAGGAGGUGGAAGACCAAACCACAGCUUGUUCCACAUCAAAUGCCGCCGAUCACGGAGCCGUGCCCUGA